AUUAUAUUUUUCGAUAUAAUAAAAUUUUGUAUUAUAAUAUAAUCCAACAACCCCGCGCUUUCCAAGUGCGGGUCAAAAUCUAGUUUUCUUUUAAUGGUCAAAGGAUUAAUCAAAGAUUAUAUUAUGGUGUGAUACCUUUCUGUCUUCUGACUACAAAAAUUAUUAAAACUGGCAAAAACUAAAAGUUAGAAAAAGAAAACAAGUUUCAAUAACGACACUCCAUCUCAUUAUCUUUCUUGUCUGUGAAGAUAUUACUUUCUGUCUUUUAUUCGCAUAUAUAUAAACUACAUAUCCUGAUUUAAUAUAAUAUUUUCGUGCACAAUUGUUUUCUUCCUAAUUGUAGUUGGAUGCCACAUUUAAUUAUUUAACACGAAUCCGGCUAAUAAUAUAUAAUACACGACAAAUCAACUGUGGAAACUAGAAAUAAAAUGGUCAAGAAUAGUCAUAAUCAAAUUUUGAGAAAUUUGCAUUUAAUUUUGUUGCAAACGUAUAAACAUAAACCAUUAAUAGACGUGACGUUCAAGCAACCUCUCAAAAUAUUAUUUUAAAACCAUUAACUUAGUUUAAUAUAUACAAUUAAGUUUUUGGAAGAAAACUUAUCAAUCACUUGCCUCUCUUUCUAUAUCACCUCAUCUUUAGCUGGUCUCUCUCCCUCCCUCUCUCGACUCUAUCUUUUAGUAGUACUAAUUUUAAUUAGGUUUAGAUUUUGGUGGGUUUGUUCUAUAGAGAGAAAGAGAGAGGGAUCAGUAAAAGAUGAGCUGGUGUGAUGGUUCAGAUGACCUCAAUCUUGAAAGAGCAUCCAAUAUUGAUCAUCCAUCGAUUCAACUCAAAGAUCAAUCUCAAUCAUGUGUCACGAGCCGUCCAGAUUCAAAGAUUAUCGUUGAAUCUCCCAUUAUGACUUGUUCUUCUUGUGGACAUAAGAUGCAUCAACAAGACGACCAGGUUGGCAGCAUCAAAGAUUUACCAAGUUUACCGGCAGGAGUCAAAUUCGACCCGUCGGAUAAAGAGAUCCUUAUGCACUUGGAGGCGAAGGUUUCAUCCGAUAAGCGGAAGCUUCAUCCGUUGAUCGAUGAGUUUAUACCUACACUUGAAGGAGAGAAUGGAAUUUGUUAUACGCAUCCUGAGAAACUUCCUGGAGUAAGCAAAGACGGGCAAGUACGACACUUCUUCCACCGGCCGUCAAAGGCUUACACGACCGGAACACGAAAACGUAGAAAAGUGAGCACAGACGAGGAAGGGCACGAGACACGGUGGCACAAAACGGGAAAGACCCGACCAGUUUUGUCUCAGUCAGGAGAAGCUGGUUUCAAGAAGAUCCUAGUGCUCUACACGAACUACGGUCGCCAGAAGAAGCCCGAGAAGACGAACUGGGUGAUGCAUCAGUAUCACUUAGGCCACAGUGAGGACGAGAAAGACGGCGAACCAGUUCUCUCUAAAGUCUUCUACCAAACACAGCCUAGGCAAUGUGGAGGAUCGACCGAAACUAAACCUAAGAAUCUCGUAAACCUAAACCGGUUCAGUUAUGAAAAUCUUCAGGGCGGUUUUUCGUAUGAGCAUGGAGGGAAAAGCGAAGACACGACGCAGGUGAUUCGAGAGUUGGUGGUUCGUGACGGCGAUGGGUCAUGUUCGUUUCUUAGUUUUACUUGUGAUGCAAGUAAGGGUAAAGACAGCUUCAUGAAGAAUCAAUGAAACAUAUAAUAUACAAAUGCAGGUGCUUUGUGGAGUAAAGAUGGGGAAAAGAAUGAUGUGACUGAGGGAGAACAGAUUCUUUGUGUGUAGGUGUUGGGUAACUAUCAUAGUAAAUUAUCUCAAAGCUUUAAAGAGAUUUUAGGUUUAACUUUUGUUUGGGAUUUAAAUUGGGGAGGCAACUUUAACCUCGACGCAUUACUAAUCUUUGUUUUUUUUCGUCCUAAAUAAAAUCUGUCGAAAAAUACUGCAAUAGCUCUUUUUUUUCCAA